AACCAAUCAAUGAGAGCGAUGUCGUCACUUCCUGUACCAGUGCCGUUGCCUAGCCUAGCGGGAAAAAAGGUGGCUAAUUCUAAAUAUCACCCCGUAGUGUUUUUAUAUUUUUGUUGUUUUUUUUAGAUUUUGCCUAUAAUGAGCACAAAGAGUGCAAAGUCUAGAUAAACGAAGACCCAGCUUCACGUGUGUUACGCAAGAACCUCUUAGAGUAGCAGUGUGUGCCCUUUGCUAGCAAGCGUUGGCUAACUGUUGUCAUUUAUCAUCAUGGCAAGUGCUGCAAACGCAAACCUCAACGCAGUUCGGGAGACAAUGGAUGUGCUGCUGGAGAUCUCCAGGUUGCUGAAUACUGGUUUGGACAUGGAGUCUCUGUCCAUAUGUGUGAGACUUUGUGAACAGGGCAUCAACCCGGAGGCUCUGUCUGCAGUCAUUAAAGAGCUGCGGAAAGCUUCUGAAACUCUCAAGGCUUCUGAAAACUGCACUAACUGAAGCAUAAGCCUGAUCACCUCUGUGUUGGAACUUCAGUUGGAUCAUUCACUGAUCCUUGAUCUGUACUUACCGUGGAUUCUCCAGUCAAGACAUGUCUUUGAGUCUGCCCAGGGUCCUUUGGGCCUCCUCAGUAACUAACUUGUCCUGCUCUGUCCUUGGACUUGAGUGUCUGAGUCUUCGUGUAGAGGUUCGGCCCUCUUACUAAACACAAGUCUUACCUGGACGUUAGGACAUGCUCAGCCAUGCUUCUGCCUAAAGUUUAGCCUUGCCCCAUGUGUCUCAUAAAGUGUGAGUUCAGAGUGGCGUCAGCAUGGACAUCCUUCCACAUAUGAAUACCCAACUUCCACUUGCCGACUGUCAUCUUACGUAGCAGUGUUCAUGAGGACUUUUUACAAAUGACAUUUUGCAAAAUCAAUAAUUUAUUCUAACUUGUUUUAUUAUUAUGUCUUUUUUUUGCAACAUAAUGCAUCUGUCAAAUUCAUCUGUAUGUGUUUCCAUUUUCUAUGUAACCAUCAAUGAUGGACUGAAGUCAAAAUUAAAAUGCAGUUGAUGGCCACUA